AAACCAGCAAAUAGUAGUACUGUUUUCCCAAAAAAGCGAUACAUCCCAAACAACCAUAAGCCCAUGACGUCGACAGCCAAGGUGCGGAGCAAGGACAGAUGACGUCGGUCCCCCCGGGUGCAUACAUAUAUAAACAUGUACUGGGGGGAACGGAAACAUAGAACGCUGAAUUGUGAUACACUUACAACCAUGACUGAUCGUACAAGAACUGAAGAACCUGUACAUGGUGUCGAGGGAAGCGAGUGCGCAGAGCGCGAGACCACCGCUGCAGGAGCCCAGGCAAUGGCACCGAACCCUGCGGUCGCACAUGAAGUAAGGGGGAACGUAAUUCAGGCAAGGGAAGCUGCCGAAAAAGCUGCCCAAGCCGCACAGGGAAUGGGCCCCGAGGUCACUGGCGACCCUGUUUCUGGUGUUGAUGUCUUACAGCGCGAAGUCGAGCAUAAGACGAAUGCUGCUGUUGCACAAGGACAGCAGGAUAUCGGGACAGCCAAGAAUGUUGGUAGCCAAUAUGCUGACCAGGCCAAGACCACGGCGAGCAACAUCGUCGAUUCUGCCAAGAAUGCCCUACAUGGAACUUCGGAAGAGAAGCCACGUUCAAUGGGAUCUUCGACGGGGAUUUCUGCGCCAGGACCUACCUCUCCGAGCUGGGGGACCGGCGAUGCUCUCACAUCACUGCAAGAAAAGGCGUCUUCUGCAGUAGGGGCAAGCCAACAGUAUCUAGCUAGCGCACAAGCAACGGUCCAGCCACACAUCGACAGAGUGCGAGAGGUUGCACAAACGUAUCUGGGCGUGGGCACAGAGUCGAUUACAUCGGGUGUGGCGGCUCCGCCCGUUGAGACGUCUGAGCGUCCAAGAACGAACCUACGUUCCGACACAGCACAGGGGGUACCUGGUGCAUUCCCCGGCGAUUCUGGACUACCAGUAACUACGACAAAUGUGAAUGAGUCAAAACCCUAGGGCUGAACGAGUUUAGGUAUUGAUAAUUGAAGUAUGUUGCUGGGAUCUGAGUGCAAGAUA